GCGGGCGCUGGCUAGGUCAAUAUUUGUCGAGACUUGAGUGGCUGACCGUGGUAGCCCGGGGGCUUACUUUCAGUCCUGGAGACUUUUGAAAGACCGCAUGAUCUGGCACUGGCCAGAGACCGUGAGUGCCCUUUGCAAGCUGACACCUGCCAAAGGCGCUGGUAACUAAUUAACAAGCAUUAAGAGAAACUCUGCAUAAAAACCUGGGAUUAUGACUUCUGAAAGAGAGCAGAUCUAGUGACCCUGGGCUCCACGCUGGCCUGUGGCAACACCUGCUGGAACGUGGAAUGAUGAUACCAGAGAGAAGUUCCCAGAGUUUCAACUAUAAAUACAGCCAAAAUUCUUUCACAUACGAUGUUAAGCGAGACAUCUACAAUGAAGAGAACUUUCAGCAGGAACACAGGAGGAAGGGCUUUUCCUCCGGAAACAUGGACAUUGAUAUCACCACCUUCAGACACCACAUCCAGUGCCGCUGCUCGUGGCACAGGUUCCUAAGAUGCAUGCUUACCGUCUUCCCCUUCCUAGAAUGGAUGUGUUUGUAUCGAUUCAAGGAUUGGCUUCUUGGAGACUUACUUGCUGGCAUGAGUGUUGGCCUUGUGCAAGUUCCACAAGGCUUGACAUUUACCUUGCUGGCAAGGCAGCUGAUUCCCCCUCUCAAUAUUGCUUAUUCAGGUUUCUGUUCUUCAGUAAUUUAUGUUAUCCUUGGAUCAUGUCAUCAAAUGUCCAUUGGUUCCUUUUUCCUCGUGAGCUCCCUGCUGAUCAAUGUCCUGAAAGGGAUCCAAUUCAAUGACGGUCACCUGAUCCUGGGAAGUUUCAUCAAGGAUGACUUUUCUGACCCCUCCUUCUUCAUAGGCUAUAACAAGUCCCUGAGCAUGGUGGCAGCCACAACUUUUCUGACCGGGAUUAUUCAGCUGUGCAUGGGUGUGCUGGGUUUUGGCUUCGUGGCCACCUAUGUUCCAGAGGCUACAAUCAGUGCGUACUUGGCUGCCACAGCAAUGCACAUGAUGUUGUCCCAGCUGACUUGCAUCUUUGGAAUUAUGAUUAGUUUCCAUGCUGGUCCCAUCUCUUUCUUCUAUAACAUAAUUAACUACUGUUUAGCUCUCCCAAAAGCUAAUUCCACCAGCAUACUACUAUUUCUAACUGUGGUUGUUGCUCUGAGAAUCAACAAAUGUGUAAGAAUUUCUUUCAAUCGGUAUCCCAUCGAGUUUCCCAUGGAAUUAGUUCUGAUUCUUGGCUUCAGUGUGAUUGCAAACCAAAUCAGCAUGGCCACAGAAAACAGCAAGAUGCUCGUUGAGAUGAUUCCUUAUAGCUUCCUGUUUCCUAUUACACCAGAUGUAUCAGAGCUUCGCCGCGUUUUUUUCCAAGCCAUCUCCUUGGCUUUGGUGAGCUCCUUUAUGCUCAUGUUUCUGGGCAGGAAGAUUGCCAGUCUCCAUAACUACAAAGUCAAUUCCAACCAGGAUUUAAUAGCCAUCGGCCUUUGCAAUCUCGUCAGUUCAUUUUUCAGGUCUUUUGUAUUCACUGGCUCCAUUGCCAGGACUAUUAUCCAGGAUAAAUGCGGAGGAAGACAACAGUUUGCCUCUCUGGUAGGCGCAGGUUUGAUGCUGCUCCUGAUGGUGAAGGCGGGACACUUUUUCUGUGAACUGCCAAAUGCUGUGCUGGCUGGGAUUAUCCUGAGCAAUGUAUUGCCCUACCUUGAAACCAUCUACAACCUCCCCACACUGUGGAGGCAGGACCAGUAUGACUUUAUUCUUUGGAUGGUGACAUUCUCAUCCACGAUUUUCCUGGGACUGGACCUUGGACUCCUUGUUUCACUAGCUUUUACUUUCUUCAUCAUCACUGUUCGUUCACACAGAAUCAAGAUACUACUCCUGGGCCAAAUCCCCAACACCAACAUCUACAGAAGCGCCAAUGAGUAUCGGGAGAUCCUGUGCAUUCCUGGGGUGAAGAUCUUCCAGUGCUGCAACUCUAUCACCUUCGUGAAUGUUGACCACCUCAAACACAAGCUGCUAAAGGAGCUUGAUCUGGUCAGAGUGCCUCUGAAAGAAGAAGAGAUCUUCAGCCUGUUUAAGUCAAGUGAUACCGAACUCCAGGAAAAUAAGAUUUGUAGGUGUGCCUGCGACUGUGAUGAACUGGAGUCACCACCCAGGAUUGCUUACACAGAACAAUUUGAGAGUAAACAGGAAUCCUCGGCAUCCUCUAUCAACCUGGUGCGCUGCUCACGUUUAUACAGCAUGAACAGCCAAGAUUCAUACGAAGACCAAGAGCCACGCACAAUGUCUUCCAUAUCGCAGAGGAAUCCAUCACGCAACUAUGAGAAUGUGGAUAAAGGCUGGCCUUCUAAUUACUCCCAGCGCAACAACUCACUGCCACUGGCUAACCAAAGUCAGGGGAGGAGUCGAUCCUCCAUCCCUUUCUCAGAUUCAUUUCUUGAACCCAUCACCCACACCAUCAUCCUAGACUUCACCAUGGUACAUUUUGUGGAUGCACAGGCUGUAGUCAUAUUAAGGCAGAUGUGCAAUGCUUUCCAAAACGCGGACAUCCUGGUGCUCAUCGCGGGCUGUCACACUUCUGUGGUCAGAGCAUUUGAGAAGAAUGAAUUCUUUGACUCCGGCAUUACCAAGUCCCAGCUGUUCCUCUCCGUCCACGAUGCAGCGCUGUUUGCCAUGUCAAGGAAGUUUUUGGAGCCCUCGGAGUUAAGCCUGGAUGAGUCAGAGACGGUGAUACAGGAAACCUACUCAGAAACAGAAAAGCAAGACAAACCAGGAAGUAAAACAAGUGAUAGGUUUCUGGCAGGCACCACCAAUCCAAGUUUAGGUUUCAGCAAGAUUGUGGAACCCAUAGAAGAGGAGUUGUCAGAGUCUGACAUGGAACUGCAGCCUGUGAUGCAGGCAGACAAAGGGACCAGGGUGGGCCUGGACCUAGACCUGGAUCAGGAACUGGAGCCCGAAUCUGACGUGGAGCCUAAAACAGAGUCGGAGAUCCAGCCCGAGCCUGAGCCCGAGCCCAGCAUGGAGAACAAAGCGGAGCCAGCCAGGGCGCCCAUGCCCGUGUCCAGGACCAGGAUUUACAGUCUGCCUGCGCGGCUUUAUCACCCCAUGUAUCAUUCUGGAGUCCCCAAAUCCCAAUCUCAGAAUCAGCCAUAGUAUACGGAGAAGAGACA